CUGCGGGCAGAGGCGGCCGGCCCGGGCACGUGUCCUUCUCCGCCAGAGGACACUUCUCCCGCGGCCGCUGCCCGGCGCCACAGGCCCCCAGCUGGGCCAGGCCCGGCUCCUGGGCCGCGUGAUGCAGCCCAAAAAAGGUGCAGCCUCGCACGUGUCCCAGCCGGCGCCCCGGCCUCUGGCGACCAGGCCUCCCGCGCCGCCGCCCAAUCGCCGCGGCCGCCUCGCGCUCGGGCCACGUCCGCCGGCCGCGGGGGCACCGACACGCGGAGCUGCGCCGCCCGCCGCCAUGCGGUUCCGGUUCGGGGUGGUGGUGCCGCCCGCGGUGGCCGGGGCCGGGCCGGAGCUGCUGGUCGUGGGGUCGCGGCCCGAGCUGGGGCGCUGGGAGCCGCGCGGGGCCGUGCGCCUGAGGCCGGCGGGCACCGCGGCGGGCGCGGGGGCGCUGGCGCUGCAGGAGCCCGGCCUGUGGCUCGGGGAGGUGGAGCUGGCGCCGGAGGAGGCGGUGCAGGACGGGGCGGAGCCGGGUCGCGUGGACACGUUCUGGUACAAGUUCCUGAAGCGGGAGCCGGGAGGAGAGCUCUUCUGGGAAGGCAAUGGACCUCACCAUGACCGUUGCUGUACUUAUAAUGAAAACAACUUGGUGGAUGGUGUUUAUUGUCUCCCAAUAGGACACUGGAUUGAGUCAACUGGGCACACCAAUGAGAUGAAGCAUACCACGGACUUCUAUUUUAAUAUUGCAGGCCACCAAGCCAUGCAUUACUCAAGAAUUCUACCAAAUAUCUGGCUGGGUAGCUGCCCUCGUCAAGUGGAACAUAUAACCAUCAAACUGAAGCAUGAAUUGGGGAUUACAGCUGUAAUGAAUUUCCAGACUGAAUGGGAUAUUGUACAGAAUUCCUCGGGCUGUAACCGCUACCCAGAACCCAUGACACCAGACACCAUGAUUAAGCUCUAUAGGGAAGAAGGCUUGGUCUACAUCUGGAUGCCGACACCAGAUAUGAGCACCGAAGGCCGAGUGCAGAUGCUGCCCCAGGCGGUCUGUCUCCUGCAUGCGCUGCUCGAGAAUGGACACACCGUGUACGUUCACUGCAACGCCGGGGUCGGCAGGUCCACCGCGGCCGUCUGCGGCUGGCUCCAGUACGUGAUGGGCUGGAAUCUGAGGAAGGUGCAGUACUUCCUCAUGGCCAGAAGGCCAGCUGUGUACAUUGACGAAGACGCCUUGGCCCGGGCAGAAGAAGACUUUUUUCAGAAAUUUGGGAAGGUUCGUUCUUCCAUAUGUGGUGUGUAGGUGGCCCAUCUGCCUCCCCAACCUCCCAAUUUCCUUAGGAACCCAGUUUCCUUAGGUGAUGUUAGUAGAAUGACCUAGAAACAAAGAUUCCACCAGAACUGAAAAGACCGGUCACUUGGCUUUGCCUGCAGCCUGCCCCCAUUUGUCUGGGGCUGACUUUCUGUUAAUGCUUUGGUCGAGUUGUAUUUUCUUUGAAGUAUUUUUACAGAGGAAGCUGUGACAGACUGACACGUGAGAAAAAGCCACAAGCAAAUUGGACUGUGCAGCGUUCUAGCAUCGGAUGGAAAAGGAAAGUGUGCAUUUGUUUUAUCGCGGCUUAACGACCGCACCUUCUCGUGGCAUCGUAAUGUGACCUGCGGAACAAAAGUUGGAUCCGUAGAUGUGACCACUCGCGUGUUGAUGCAUGCACAUACAUAUGCACAGCUUUUCUGCUCAAUUGAACUGAAAUGAUACAAGGAGAGCUGGCCAGUUGCCAAAGAAGGGAAUAUGGGUAGAAGCGUGGACCAUGCCAGAGGAGGAGCUCCCAUGACUGAGAAGUGAUGGCUUUCUAGACUUGGUGUUGGCAUCCUGCUUCCCCAGUGUUCCAGUUGGUUCCAGGGCAUGACCUUCUGUACCCACAACCCUGUGUGACAACCACAGUGGAGUUAUUGUCUCUUCCUUUGGUUUAAUUGAGGCUCAACGAGCGUAGACAGCUUGCCCAAGGUCUCAUGGCUAGUCAGGGACCAGCUGGUGUUUAAAACCCACGCUUAUGUGACUCAGUGCUUUCAACACAACUUGUUGAUUUUCUAGCACAGUGUAGUGGAUUCUGUUUCUCUCUCAGAGUAAGGUCAAUUUUUUUGCAACAGUUUCUACAGUGAGAAAUGGAAUAGCCUUCUGAUUAGUUGCCAAGGAAUUUAGGAAAGUAGCUCUAUUUUGUGCAACCUAAUUUAAAACACGGUGGGCUGUCUCACCCCCAAGAGGCCUGAGCCAUAGCUUACCGUACCAGAAGAGCCCCAAUCCGUAGAUAAUUGUUACACAGCUUAGGAGUGGUCCUGUUUCAGCCCUCGGUUUAAAACAGUACACAGUUAUUGCGCCUCCAGAAUAUGUAGCUCACUACCCUAGGUUCCAUAGGAAGUACAAAGAUGAACAAGACUCUGCCUUCAAAAAGCUCACAAGCCCAGAAACAGCUCGGUGUUCAAUCAGCCAUGCCACAGGAUUGAUCUAUGCAUGAUAUACCAGAAUAGGGGAAGGAGAAGUACCUUUUAUCGGAGAAGUGCCUUGUAUGUGCCAGGUGCUUUUCAACUUUAAUUGAACCUUCACAGUACCCUACGAGGGCAGUUCAUUACCUCUGAUAUAUAGCUGAGAAAACGAAGGCUCAGAUAGUUCAGUCGACUGCCCAGGAUCACACGGUGAAGAAAUAGAUGAAAUGAGAUACAAAGCUAGGUUUGUCUAACACCCCUGCUUUUUCGAUUAAACUGCAAUGCCUCCUUAUUUUUCUGCUCCUUUUUUUCUUCGUAAUUAUUUAUUGAUAGAUACGAGAGACUGUGAAUUAGGAAGUAUGGCGGAUAAGGAUGACACAAGUUAAGUUCCACUGGAGUUUAGAGGAGGCAGACAUGUCUGUACUGUGGGACUCGGGGGGAUGGCUUUUGAUUUAUCAGAGAAUGCUAAACAGCUCGCCUUUCUCCUGCAAGUUUACCAAGUUAAAUUUAUAAGCCAGGAUUGAAUAUUAUGAAAUCUAGCUCCCUUGCUAAAAAUAAGUAGAGAUAACUAUUAUAUCCAAGUAACCCAUUUAUGGUCAUAAUGUGUUGUGUAAAACUUAAUCCUGAAAUGGAAUAUUUCUAACCAAUUUGUGUGUGUGUGUGUGUGUGUGUGUGUGUGUGUGUGUGUGUGUGUGUGUGUGUGUGUGAAUUAGUUUAAUGCCUAAGAAGCUCAGCUAUGUAACCUCCACUAUAGAAAGACCUUUCCGGGUGGAUUUUCCUUUUUCUUCUGAUAGGAAAAAUCAGUUUAGGGCUAUUAAAGAAUGUUUUGGAAUAACCUCUCUUGUCCUCAAUAAAUGGAUGGCCAAUGUAUUUCAAAAUUACCUGGAAUUUUGCUGAAUAAAAGCAUUAAAAAUGACCUCUGAUUAUAGGAUUAAAACUUUUUUUAUUAGUCUGAAAUCUAAAAAGUUUCCUUGAAAAAACAGUCAGCUGAGCUAAAUUGUUUUUCCUUGUGCUCUUAUUUUCUUAAUUGCUGAUGAAAAUUGGCAGUUACAGGGCAAAAGGAAGACAAAGGUGAGGGCCCCCGCAAAGAAGUGAGGAUGAAAACCUCAAAAGUGUGUCACAGAAAAUCAAAGCAGAAAUGAUGCCAUUAGCUGCUUGUCACUGGCAUUAACAAAACUUUCCGGUCAUAGAUUUCUUAAAGGAAAUCAUGAAAUCUCACUCAUGGAUAAGAAAUGUUCAAAUAAGUUUGUUUCUUUAAACUUGAAUCAUGGUCCCUCAAAUAUUUUGUGUGCAACGUUAGGAAAUAUCUAGAAAAAUAAACACAUUCUUUUGAUCAACUUAAGGUGUGGGUUAAAGCCAUUUGGCUUUGCCUAAGAAAUAAUGAUGAGGGGCACCUGGGUGGCUCAGAUGGUUAAGCAUCUGCCUUUGGCUCGGGUCCUGAUAUCAGGGUCCGGGGAUUGAGCCCCGAGUCGGGCUCCCGGCUCAGUGGAGAGUCUGCUUCUCCCUCUCCCUCUGCCUCUCCUCUGCUUGUGCUCUCUCUGUCUCUCUGUCUCAAAUGAAUAAAUAAAAUCUUAAAAAAAAAAUGAGAAAAUGUGCUUGGGACCUUGGUAAUAAGAGAGUAAUGAAAGGCAGGCUCUGAAGACGAGUUAGAUGGAAGGAAGAACUUGCCACAGGAGUCAAUGUGUUCAAAAGUUACAACUGAGGAUCUUUGCAGAUAACCUGGUUAAUUCCUUUAUUGUACAGGGAGCAAACUGAGCCCCAGAGACACCAAACAACAAUCCCUGUAGCAAGAGUUUUACUUGAGGCCCAGAGGGAAAGGAGAAGUGAGGAAGACAGGUCAGGGGAUUUAUUCAGAUUUACUGCCGGGUCCCAGCACAAUUCAUAAGCGAGAACAGCCAGUACUGGGAGUGGGGAGGAAUUGGUGCAAGGAUUAAUGGAAAUUGGAGCAAGUGGAAAAAACAUGUCUAAAAUGAGAAAAAGCAAAGGGCAGUGAAAUUUCUAAAGGGAGAAAAGGCAGGGGUUUCCUUUCACAAAGACAGUCUUGGGAGAUCGAGAAGGAAGGUGUGACCGUAGGAACAGGGGUGAGUCAAGGUUAUGUUCCCAAGAGACAGGGGCAUGCUCUGUAGCCACUGACUUCCCUUUGGGAUUAGAUUACAGCAGGAAAAAGGAGCAGCUGUAAAUAAGUAAAAUCUUUAAAAAAGGUGGGGGUGCGCCUGGGGGGCUCAGUUGGUUAAGCGUGUCUGACUUUGGUUCUGUCAUGAUCUCGGGGUCCUGGGAUUGAGCCAGGUGUUGGAAUACUUAUCGCCUGAGCAUAUGAAUUGGGUUUUCACAUUUAAAAGUAGAAUUCUCAAGCAGAAAUUUAAAUGAGAGAAACUUAAGAUGAUUGCUAUGACAAUGUUCAGUGUUUCCAGUUGUAUACUUACAUCAUAAACUCAGAACAAGUUCUUACCUAGUAAAACUUACAUUCAGAAAUCCAUGGGGCGCCUGGGUGGCUCAGAUGGUUAAGCGUCUGCCUUCGGCUCAGGUCAUGAUCCCAGGGUGCUGGGAUCGAACCCCACGUCGGGCUC